UAGCAGGGAGUGAUAUCACUGCCGCCUGCAGGCCUGCCCAGUUGCCGGCAUCAGGAACUCCAAAGCAUCAACGUCCAAACCUACACGCCCUCCACCUGCAGCCCGUCACCAGUGAAUCCCUGCAGAUCCAUCUUCGUCCCGCGACCAGUGCAAGAGCAGGCUUAAGACAUGCUAUCGGGUCGCCGCCAACAUGGGUGCAAGCGACUCGAAGCUUGUCUUCAAAAAGGGCAUCUUUAGGCUCAGUGGAGAGCGCAGCAUCGCUGCUGACGAUCCAUACUGGACCUCUUUCUGGGAGCUGCCCGAAUCCUCCGAUGAUGUCUUCAGCCUGUUUGCCGCUGCAGAUAUCCGGCGCACGCGAGACCAUGCGAUCGAGAACCUCGAGACCUUGAUACUGGCCGUCACCUCGCGUCUCUUCAACCUGCGACACCAUCCAUCGUUUCCCGACCCCGAGAUUGCCCCCGAGCGCGAUGCUCUCAACUGCAUCAGGGUCCUCACCAGGGUUCUGCCUUACAUAUACGAAGCCGACAAUCUCCAUGAGUGGGAGGACCGCUUUUUCUGGGGCAUCCGGCGGAAGAGGACACGGGAGUCAGCAAUAGCUAGCGAGGUCUUGUUCGACGACGGCGAGGAGGAAGCGGCGAGGACCAGAAAAUCAGAAGAAUUCGAGGAGGUCAGGCCCCUGGCUGAGGAGCUGAUCGACACCCUCAUCGACUUGCUGUUCUUCUCCGACUUCACAGUCUCAAAACAACAACACGGCAAGCCCAAGGUCACCUACGCAAUAUGGCAGAGCGGGGUCGGCUGCAAUCAGGCCGUUGCUACGACCAAGGAGUUUGAGAGCAACCGCAUCGAAGUCUUACGCCUGCUGCUCGCUAUCACCGGCCAGAGCCUGUACAUGUCCGCCGCGGUGCUCCCACGGAACGGUACCAAAGCCCUGACGCACAUCUGCACCUGUGCGGACAAGCAGGUCGUCUUGUCUCUUCUCUGCUCUCUGCUGAAUACUACCAUGAAAUACAACCCUGCCAGUUGGAGAGUGCCAUACAACACGCUCGUCUUCAAGGACCCAAGACAGAUCCUUGUUACCUAUUCCUUGCAACUACUCCUUGUCACGCUUCUGUAUCCUGUUCCUGAGCUUAAUGGCGAUCCGCAAAAGAACUGGUUCCGCCACUUUCUCGGACGGAUACAUCGGCCACAGGACUUUCAGUUCAUCGUCGAUGGUAUGACGCGCAUCCUGAACCAACCCUUGCAGGCUAAUGCGUCGUAUAUCCCCGGAACACAGUCGUCCAUACGUUUUGCCCCCGAAAUGAUAAUGUUGUUCUGGGAAAUAACGCAAUGCAACAAGCGGUUCCGGUCCUUCAUUGUCGAUACUGAGAGGGCACACGACUUCACUAUCCUGAUCUUGUUUUACGCUCUGGAGUAUAAGAGCGACGCUUCAAAGCAAGGGGUCGUGCGGAUGUGCGCAUUCCUUCUACAGACCUUGAGCGUGGAGAAGAACUUCGGUGUCAAUCUCAACAAGUCUUUUGAAGCACAAGAGACGCUGCCACCUGUGAUCCGCAUACAAGGUUUCAGGGGCACCUACGCGGACUUCCUCAUACAGUCUAUCUACAACCUCAUCACCACGAGCAAUGGAAAGCUUACGGCCAUAUACCCUGCCCUGUUGGCAAUCAUCAACAAUAUCGCCUACUACGUCGAGGGACUCAGUGUGGCGACCGGCGCAAAGAUGAUGCAGCUCUUCAACUCAAUGUCUUCUCCCUCGUUCCUGUUGGCGAAUGAUACGAACCAUGCCCUUCUGCGGUCACUGCUCGAGUCCAUGAACUCCAUACUUGAGCACCAGUUCAAAAAAAACCCCGAGUUUGUCGCGGCAGUGCUGCGAAACAGGAAACGUUUUGAGGCGCUUCGCAACUUUACCUUGGAAAGCGGCCAGGAAGAAAUCGAGCGGCGCAAUCGACGGAGAAAGGAUGCUCGGGCUUCCUCAGACAUGGACUCCACGAGGAGUUCCGCAGAGAGCUUGAGGAGCCCCGUGACGGGCCACUCGCGGCCAACAGCACUCAGCAACGUCCCCGAAGAGGACGGCACAUUUACCAUCGGCGAUGAUGAGGACGACAGCGACGAGGAGCGCCCCACGCCCUCGCAAUCCGAUCCAAGCGAGAACCCAUCGCGGGCAUCUUCGGUGGUGUCAAACGUCGAGGACGCAGUGCCAACACAGCUGCGCGGCAUGUCGGAGAAGGCCAGGGGCAAGAUGCCGGCUGGAAUCCAGAACUUCUCCAGGCAGAACAGCAUGACCAGCCUCAGCGGGUACUCCAUGUCCGGCCAGUCGGUGAACGGCCAAUUCGAGCCCACACCGCAGUGGAUCGACAGCUGGCUCCCAGAACUGCCCCUGCACACUAUCCUGAGCGCGAUCCCGCAGGUAUCGGCCCUGGUGACGCGGCAGGCGCUGAUCGCGGACCACGCGUCGCCCGAGACGCUGCGCAAGAUCAGCCAAGUGAAGCUGGUCGGGGUGGACCCGUCGCCGGUGCGGGUGCACUCGUUCGAGUGGUCUCCGCUGGCGUUGGGGUGGUACGAGUCCCUGAUCUGGAGCUUCAUUUUCAGCAGCGAGAUGCAGAUCUCAAAGGGCACGGUGGGCAUCUGGAACGGCACGGGCAUCAAGCUGUUCCGCGUGCAGGAGACGGCGCCAGAAGGCCCGACGCUGACCAGCCCCCGAGGCGCUGUCGACGCGGUCGGCAGCAACAUCGUGUCCAGAAUCGGCGCAAUGAACCUGCGCGGGCCCGCGCAGCAGGGCUACAAUCAGGUCGGUCAGGGCGGGGGUGGCGCCGGCUCACCAAACCCAUCUUCACGGGGCUAAGGAUCGGGCGAUGCUGGGGACGUAGGGCUGAGCGGAUCUUGACAUUGUGCUGGAGUGGGUCGUGGAUAUAUGCCACAAACAGCACGCGGCGUAAAGACAGGCGGCGGCGGGAAUUUUGGGAGAUAAAGCAUAGCGACUGUAUUACACACGUAGCUGUUUCGUUACGGGGCCAGUAGUGGCCGGGUCAUAUUCAGUCAGUACAACGAGUGGGCGGGUUGCUUUUGAUUCUAAUAAGGGCGGGCGUAAUGGAGCCCUUUCGGCCUCCUCCCUGCCGAGGCGGGAUUGAACACCGACCUAUAAGGGUGUGCCGCUGCUCCCUCAUCUGGAGACCAUUGCGAUACCAGCUAUUGGAACAUAUACGGCUAUACCGAGAGCAACAAUACUCCUUCUUGGUGUUGGUCUUCUCUCGAGAUCGUCGCUAAACCGGGUCCAGCUAUCAGUAUCAGACCGAUGGCUUGAGCGACGAGUCGGUACCCAAGGGACAGAGCCGUGCAGAGCCGUGCAGUUGCACGUUUCACUUGCCAAAACGUCAGGCUACUGAAGUGAAUACCUCGCCUUGGCUCCCGACGUCGCCACUGACAGCUAGCGCCCAGGCGCCCAGGUCCAAUGACGGCAGCAAGGCGUCGUGCAGAGCAAUAAGCUUAUUUGUUGAACCUUGGGCCCACAGCAAAGUCGCCCUGCACCCCAAUGAGACGCGGACAAAUCUGCGUAUCCAAGGGACCUGUCCCCAGCGCGUGCGCAUCGCAUUGGGGUGGCAGGGAAAUGUCGCCACUGCCCCCACGAGCCGGGCACACCUCUGCGCUCUCCCUUUGUAGAAGCGUAUGGUCAGGUGUCAGUUGAGGUGUGGUGUAGAUGGCAACGGCGUACGAGUCGCAACCUGCAUGUCUCGGGAGGCAGCCCACCAGGAGCUGGGUGGUCUGGACUACCGGUACGUAGUGGUUGAAUAGCUGUGUGUGUGUGUGUGCGCGUGUCUAUUUGCUCUAUCUUUUUGUUUGAGAUGCCGUGCAUAUUUUUGCCACUCUCGCCCGAGCAAGAUGGCCACAUGGUGUAUUGGCUUCUUACCCUUCCAAGUUUUCU